AUGGCUGUUGAGCCUGAAAAGGCGGCCUCUGAUGAGUCGAAGAAGAGUAUCUUCUCUCGGCUGAGUCAAUUCCUCAAGUCCUUCAAGACAUUUUUCGCCUAUCUCGAACUCCUCUUCGCCGCUGGCCCAACAUGGGUCGACUACUGCCUCAUCGCAUUGGGUACCCUCUGCGCAGUUGGAGCUGGUGUCCCGUUUCCACUCAUGGGCGUUCUAUUCGGCCAGCUCAUCGAUAACUUCAACGGCGCUACAUGCGCAGCGGACGGCAGCAACUCAGGUUCUAGCGAAGCAGCCUCGGAUCCUCUCGACUAUGAGAACGCCAUCAAUGACAAAGUUAUAAAGACAGCUUGGAUUGGCGCAAUUGCUCUUGUUCUCAUCUACGGCCACCUUACCUGCUGGAACAUUAUCAGCCAGCGUCUAGCCCAGCGCCUACGAACCCGGUACGUCUCGGCUCUCUUGCGUCAGCCACCAGAGUUCUUCGAUACUCGUGGUGCCUCUGGCCAAGUCUCGAGUCGACUUCAAGGUGAUAUCACAGCUGUGCAGGCUGGUACAUCUGAGAAGGUUGGCAACAUCAUCACGACCCUAAGUUUCUUCGUUACAGUCUUCAUCAUUGCAUUCACGAAACAACCCAGACUUGCCGGAAUCCUGAUAUGCAUGCUUCCAGCAUUCCUCCUUUCUGGAAUCUUGGGAGGCAGGUACCUGGGGAAGUUUGUGGUCAAACAGCUAGAAGCAUCUACAGCAGCUUCUUCUAUUGCUUCAGAAGCGUUAUCGCAUGUCAAUGUAGUUCAAGCUUUUGGCGCUGCACCUCGUCUCGAAGAGAAGUUUGCGGAACACAUGGCCCGCUCUCGCAAGUACGCGAUACUGAAAUCUUCGGUCGCUGCCGUUCAAACGGGUAUUCUCUAUUUUAUCGCCUAUUCAGGUAAUGCUUUGGCCUUCUGGCAAGGAAGCAAGAAGAUUGUAGAGUCCGUGACGAACAAUGAUGGAAACACCACUGUUGGUGAGAUCUACGCAAUUGUCUACCUUCUUGUAGACGCAUGUGUUAUGCUUGGUGGAAUGGCGCCUACUCUGCCUUUCCUAGGAGCAGCUGUGGGCGCAUUCCAACGACUCAAAGAAGAUAUCGAUGCUCCGUCAAACAUCGACGGCACCUCCGAUGAGGGCACCGUUCUUCCUCCCACCGGGGCCAAGUCACUUGCUCUCCGUAAUGUCUCGUUCGAGUAUGCCUCUCGCCCUGGACAACCUGUUCUCCAAAAUGUGGACCUCGAGUUUCCUGCUGGAACUUACACAGCUAUCGUUGGACUUUCUGGCAGUGGAAAGUCCACUAUAGCAGCACUGGUCGCGCGUCUACAUGAUCCCAUCGCGGGCAAGGUUGAGCUCGAAGGCCAUGACUUGCGAGAUCUCAAUGUUAAAUCUCUCCGAAGUUUCAUUAGUUUUGUCCAGCAGGAACCGUCGCUUCUUGACCGGUCCGUUCUCGAGAACAUCGCACUUGGUCUGAUCAAUUCGCCGAAAGAGUCGCAUCAACAUUUGAAACCUCUUCUCAAAGGUCCCGAGCUUGCUAAGAUGGCUGCGCAGGGUAAGGAGGCGCUCACUUCGUCCGCAUCUCUGGGACCCGAGUUUGCUGAAAUCGCCGAAUUGAUCAAGCGUGCUACCGAACAGGCUGAUGCGGCCACUUUCAUUGAACGCCUUGAACUUGGCUACGGUACAUCCGCUGGGCCCAAGGGAUCACUCGUCAGCGGAGGACAGCGACAAAGGAUCGCCCUUGCACGAGCGUUGAUUCGUGACCCUGAAAUUCUUGUUCUUGAUGAAGCAACUGCGGCCCUCGAUUCUGCUAGUGAGAAGAGAAUCCAGCUCGCCGUUGAACGAGCCGCCGCUGAAAAGCGAACCAUCAUAUCGAUUGCGCAUCGUCUGUCGACAAUCCGAAACGCCGACAAUAUCGUUGUUAUGCAAGCGGGACGAGUAGUUGAGCAGGGAACUUAUGACGAGCUCAUGGCCAAGGAAGAUGGCGAAUUUGCACACAUGGCCAAGCUCCAAACUGUUAGAAACAAGAGUUGCUCAGCAUCUGUUGAUGGUGAUUCGAUUGGCGCUUCCACUCUUCGAGCGGACACCCAACUAAACGAGAAGGCCGAAUUCUCCGAGACCAAGCAAUCAUUGGAUGCUCAGUCGUCCAAAAAGGAUGGAGAAGAAGAGCACAAGAAGGACGAAGAAGCGAAGGAUCACGAACUAGACGAAGUGAAACCUUUCAGCUCUGUCAUGAAGGGCCUCGCCUGGUUAAUUCGACCAUCUCUAGGCUGGUUCACUCUUGCAAUGAUCGCUGCGGUCUUUGUUGGUGCCACUUUCUCUGGUUCCGGUAUUAUCUUUGGUUUCACUGUUGGAGCACUCAACCCGUGUGCCAAUACCCUGGACCACAUUCGAUCCAUGGGCAACAUGUUUGCUGGUCUGUUCUUCAUGCUUGCCGCUGUGGAGCUGAUUGCCAACUUCUUCGCCUGGCUGGGCUUUGGUAUUGUCGCGGAGAGACUUCUUUAUAACCUGCGCGUGUUGUCUUUCCGAUCUUUGUUAGAGCAAAACAUCCACUGGCAUCAAUCCGAGGGUCGAACUCCCACCAGUCUACUUGGUAUCAUCACCAAGGAUAGCAUGUCUGUGGGUGCAUUCAGUGGAUCGACAUUUGGUACUGUGUUUGCUAUUCUGAUAAACGUCCUCAUUGCGAUCAUCAUCUCCCACAUCUUUGCGUGGAAGAUCGCCUUGGUGUGUCUGGUCACACUUCCUAUUCUGCUUGGUUCUGGCUUCAUGCAAUUGCGAAUGCUGGCUCGUUAUGAAGAGCGUCAUCAAGCCGCCUUCUCAACUGCUACUUCACUCGCAACAGAGGCUAUUCAGUCCAUUCGCACCGUUGCCGUCUUAUCCCUCGAAAACGAGUACAUGGAAAGUUUCUCUCGUCUACUCAAGCCUCCAAGGAAGGAGGUUGUGCGCGCCUCAGUCACGACCAAUAUCUGGCUAGCCAUCUCGUAUACGACUGGCACCUUCAUCAACGCUCUCGCAUAUUGGUGGGGUUCGCAACUCAUCAUGAAGGGAGAGUAUACUCAAAAAGACUUUCUUAUCAUAUUGGUGGCUAUGUUGACAAGCGCCCAACUUUGGAGUGGCAUGUUCUCUCUUGCUCCAGAGUUCUCGCGCGCUCGGCUUGCCCUGUCCCGUGUCAUGACGGUAGUCAACAUGGGAAGUAGCACUCAUACAGGAAAGCCUGGACAAGACCCGUCCAAGGCGGGAGACGACCCCGAAGCUGUAGGAGGAGAAAAGUCGCUCAGUCCAGCGGAGAACCAUGGCCGCGGCGGCGCGAGGGUAACUUUCAAGAAUGUCUCCUUUGCCUACCCAAGCCGACCCGACGCCACUGUCCUCGACAAUGUCUCUUUCACACUCCCACCCAACCAAUUCUGUGGUCUUGUUGGUCCUUCGGGUGCUGGCAAAUCUACCAUCAUGAACAUUGUGCAACGCUUGUACGAACCCACGGCCGGAACAGUCCUCAUCGACGACCAAGAUACCACCAAGCUCUCUACGUCAUUCCGUGGCACGAUUGCUCUGGUUCCUCAAGAGCCUGCCCUUUUCGACGGCAGUGUGCGCUUUAAUGUUGGUCUUGGAGCACCUCCUGGUCACGAGGCUACAGAUGCCGAGAUUGAGGAGGCUUGUCGUUUAGCAAACAUUCAUGAUGUUAUCGCGGCCCUUCCGGAUGGUUACGAUACCGAGUGCGGCCCAUCUGCUUCUCGCCUAUCGGGUGGUCAAAGACAACGUCUCGCGAUCGCCCGCGCUCUUGUCCGUCGUCCACGCCUGUUACUUCUUGAUGAGAGUACCAGCGCUCUCGAUGCUGCUAGCGAAGCGGCUCUUCAAGAAGGUCUUGAGAGGGCGUCGAGAGGCACGACUGUGUUGGCCAUCACUCACCGACUGCAUACUGUUCAAAAGGCAGAUGUCAUCUUCAUUGUAGAAGGAGGCCAGAUCGUUGACAGCGGGCGACAUGCUCAGUUGAUGGAGCGAAGAGAGAGUUACAGGGUGAAUGCGAUGCAGCAAAUGUUGCAAUGA